AAUGUUUUAGAGCUCUCUUCUAUCCUAAAUUAUUGUAAACCGUAAAGAGUAUGUUAUUAAAAUUGUAGAGCGUCCUAUCACCAUAUUAUUUGAAAUAUCAAAUCAAUUCAAGAUGACCCAAAGAUCGGAAGCAGAAGGGAAGGAAGGUUACUACAAGUGGGAUGACGAAUCUGAUCAUGAUGAUGUAACAAAGAUAUAUGUACAUUAUUCUCUUAAAGGUAUAGAGUCCAUUCGUUUCGACUAUGUCAAAAAUGGAAAACCAAAUGUUGGAUCCUUCCAUGGUGAAUCGUGUAAUACCUUCACGCAGACGUUUGAGAUAAACCAUCUAAAAAAUGAACAUCUUGAAUCCGUUGAGGGCAACUACACAAAGGAAAAUGGGAUUCAAGCACUUCAAUUCAAAACCAACUUACGGAUUUCUGAACUAUUUGGAUAUGAUCAUGAUGGGUGUACUAAGUUUAUACUAGCAGUAGAAGGGAAAAAAAUAGUUGGGUUUCACGGAUCAUGUAAUUCUACUUGGAGGGUAUGGGUAAGCUCUCUAGGAGCAUAUUUCACUGAUAUUACUCCUACUAGAAUGGAAGCCAUUGGGGGCAAGGUAGGCACAAAGUGGGAUGAUGGAGUCAACGGGGCCGGUUUUACAAAGAUACAUGUACGAAGUGGUCAAAAAGGCAUACAAUUCAUCAAGUUCGAGUACAUUGACAAUGAUGGGCCAAUUCAUGGUUCUAUCUAUAGAGGAGGUUCCCAACACUUGUUUGAGAUAAACCAUGUUGAAAAAGAAUAUAUGGUGUCUGUUGAGGGUUACUACGAUGGCGAUGACAAGUCUGGGGUCAUUCAAGCACUACAGUUCAGGACAAACAUCAAAACUUCCGAACUUAUGGGAUCCAACACGGGCAACAAGUUUAGACUUGCAGUCAGUGGAAUGAAGAUUGUUGGGUUUCAUGGAUAUGCUGAGGUAAAUCUAAACUCUCUUGGAGCAUAUUUCACACCGCUUACUGCUCCAACAAAGUUGGAAUGCCACGGUUUUACUUCUGAAAGCACCCUUUGGGAUGAUGGUGCUUCUGAGGGUAUUAGAAAGGUGUCCGUUUUGUGGUAUAGUGAUUAUAUACGGUGUCUUGGGAUUGACUACGAAAACUCUGGCAAAGUAGAAAAGCGUGACCAUGGAAUGAACAACGAUGAACACGAAGAUGAGUUUGUUGUUGACUAUCCAAAUGAAUUUAUCACGUCUGUGACGGGGACCAUUAAUUCUAGAUAUGUUACGUCAUUGACUUUCAAAACAUCAAAAGGGAGAACCUCACCAACAUUUGGAGACCGAUCUGAUUCAGUUGAAUUUGUCCUCGAGACCAAAGGUUGUGCUAUUGUCGGAUUUCAUGGAUGGUAUCAGUUUGGGAUAGUUACGGCUCUUGGUGCAUAUUAUUAUCCGAUGCCUCUUCCUCCUGCUGCGGAAAAGCUAGAAGCACAAGGUGGUGAUGGAGGAUCUCCAUGGGAUGAUGGCAGCAAUUUCCAAGGUGUUAGAAAGAUAUACAUUGGGACAGGUGAGAUAGGUAUCGUAUCCGUCAAGUUUCUGUAUGAAAAUGACACUCAGGAGAUAAUGGUGGGAGAUCAUCAUGGGAACAAGACCCUACUUCGACAUGAAGAGUUCGAGCUGGACUAUCCGUGCGAGUACCUCACAUCAGUGGAAGGUAGUUAUAAUGUAGUACCUGGAAGUGUAGAAUUUGAAGUUAUUCUAAUGCUCAAGUUCACAACAAACAUGCGAACCUCUCCAUGUUAUGGUCUCGAUGAUGAACCGAGUUUCGUGCUCCACAAGGAAGGUCACAAGAUCGUUGGGUUCCAUGGGAAAUCAAGUAGCAUGCUUCAUCAACUUGGCAUCCACGUGCUCCCCAUUACCCACUCCUGAGUCUUGAUCAUCUUUAUAUUACUGAAAAACGAAACAUUAUCCUUCUCUGGUUUCAAUAACUUUGAUCCGUUUCUCCUCUGUUUCUAUUUCCCGAUUCCUCUGUUUUUAUAUCCUCUGUA